CGUGACGCAUCCGUCAGCUGAGCGAAUAUAUUGAUUGUUUUGACAACAAACAAAGAAAAUAAAAUAAAGAAAUUGUAAAGCUUAAAAAUGGGUAAAAUAUUUCUUGACCACAUUGGUGGUACCCGUUUAUUCUCAUGUGCAUCUUGCGAUGUGAACCUGACGAAUCGUUCGGAGCUGAUCAGCACACGUUUUACUGGAGCCACAGGUCGGGCAUUCUUAUUCCAUAAAGUGGUAAACCUAGUUUACUCUGAAGUACAAGAUCGUGUGAUGCUGACGGGCCGACAUAUGGUGCGCGAUGUCUCUUGCAAAAACUGUGGCACUAAGCUAGGAUGGGUCUAUGAAUUUGCCACUGAAGAGAACCAGAGGUAUAAGGAGGGCAGAGUGAUCUUGGAGAGGGCUCUGGUAACUGAGAGUGAUGGAAUUGAAGAAAUUCAAGUCAACAACGAUGACUAACUGACUACUUUGACAUAACUUCAAAAUCGAAUGUAGGAAAACAUUACAAUAAUUGGAAAUAACCUAUUAAUUUGUAUGAAAGAAAGAAAAUCUCAAGUUUUAAAUGUGUGACACUUUCUUCUGUUUUAAUUGUUAAGCUCAAUAAAUCUUCUAAAAUCA